GAAUCUGUCAGGAGAUGAAUUUCUUCGUCCCCCCCCCUGCGCUGAGAAAAAAACACCAGUCUAACAUGGAAGAGGAAUAAAAGCUCUAUGGGACACAUGUUGGGACGACUGGCUUCCUCCUGGCCCAUGUUGGUACCGGUGCUAGACAGCAGGCUGCCGCUCUGAUUGGAGUAGCCAAAUCAAAAGCCUCAUGGGGAUUGGCAGCUGCGGCUGGAAGUCUGCUUCCUGUUUCCAGCCUUGAGGGAUUUUUGAGGGACCAUCCUGAGUCACACACACACACACACAUUCACACACACAAACUCCCAGACAGCCACAGUUUUGGCAGGAUAACAGCUUCCUGAUCGCCACCCUGUGAAUCACACAACCCACAACACACAUCUGUCCUGCAAUACACACACCAAGCCAGGUGCUCACCUGCCGCACUGCGUGGACACCCACCCGGCCCACCUGCUAGCAAUGACAUCACACAGUCACCAAGAGGGGAUCCUGGGAAAGGAGCAGCCGCUGGAGGUUCUGAAGACAUCGGCGCUCAACCACAUCCCAACAGAAAGGAGGAAGGAGCAGAGAUGUAGCUGUGUGGAGGGAGGAGAGAGUACAGAAAUUAAAGGGGCACAGAUGGAGAUGAGAGCAGCAGUGAGCAGGUUGCUGUUGAAUGAACACUUGAGCAGAGUGGACAUCAACUCGGCACUGCCCCUGCGUCUCCCUCCAGCCGCCAUCCCCAUGGACCUGCGCGUGGACCAUCACCAGCAGCAACAGCAGCAGCAGCAGCAGGUGUCCUCGCUCUCCCCGCCCGGUCAGCAGUCGUCUGGCCCGGGGUCGCUGGGGGGAACGCCCUCGGUGCGCGAGCAGCAGCUGCAGCAGGAGCUGCUGACCCUGAAGCAGAAGCAGCAGAUCCAGCGGCAGAUCCUCAUCGCCGAGUUCCAGCGGCAGCACGAGCAGCUGUCCCGCCAGCACGAGGCCCAGCUCCAGGAACACAUCAAGCAGCAACAAGAGCUUCUGGCAUUGAAGCACCAGCAGGAGCUGCUGGAGCACCAGAGGAAGAUGGAGAACCACCGUCUGGAGCAGGAGCUGGAGAAACAGCAGAGGGAGCAGAAACUGCAGCUGCUGAAGAACAAGGAGAGGGGACAAGAGAGUGCCGUGGCCAGUACUGAGGUGAAGAUGCGGCUCCAGGAGUUUGUCCUGAACAAGAAGAAGGCCCUGGCCCAGCGGAGCCUUAACCAAGGAGGUCUCCCCAAUGAUGCUCCGUACUGGUACCGCAAAACCCAGCACAGCUCUCUGGACCAGAGCUCGCCUCCACAGACUGGUGUGUCCACCUACAACCACCCUGUGCUGGGUGUCUACAACCCCCGGGAUGACUUCCCACUGCGAAAGACUGCCUCGGAGCCCAACCUGAAGCUGCGCUCCAGGCUGAAGCAGAAGGUAAGCGAGCGGAGGAGCAGUCCGCUGCUGCGUCGUCGAGACAGCCCCAUCACCUCCGCCAAAAAACGCUCGCUCGACAUGGCAGACUCUGCGUGUAGCAGCGCCCCCGGCUCAGGCCCAAGCUCCCCAAAUAACAGCUCCAACAACAUCCCCAAUGAGAACGGCAUCACUGUGUCAGUCUCCAACAACACAGAGGCGUGUCUCGCCCAGAGGUUGUGCAGCGGUGCUGAUCGGGGCUCCGUUAACCAGCUGUCCCUCUACACUUCGCCAUCCUUACCCAAUAUCACCCUGGGGCUGCCUGCCACUGCCACGGCUACUGCUGCUUCCAAUGUGACGUCGGCCCAGCAGGAUGGAGGUCUGCAGCCGGCCCUCUCCCUCAGCCCUCCCUUCCUCUCCGGUGGCCACUUGACCCCCUACCUGGCUGAUGCAGGAGCGGGAACUGGCGGGCACAGCGCGCACAGUCCACUACUUCAGCAUAUGGUGCUCAUGGAGCAGAGCCCAGCACAGAGCCCCCUGGUGACAGGUGUAAGCGGCCUGUCUAUGUCGUCAGCAGCGUCCAUGGCUAAGCUGCAGCGGCAGCACCGGCCCCUGGGUCGCACCCAGUCGGCCCCUCUGCCCCAAGGGAGCGCAGCGCAGGCUCAUGCCCAGGCCUUGGCCCUGCAGCAGCUGGUGGUCCAGCAGCAGCACCAGCAGUUCCUGGAGAAGCACAAGCAGCAGUUCCAGCAGCAGCAGCUCCACCUCAACAAGAUGAUGGCCAAGCCCAGCGAGUCCCCCGUGGGCCGUCAGCACCAGAGCCACCCAGAAGAGACGGAGGAGGAGCUGAGGGAGCACCAGGAUGGAGGCGCUCUGCCGCCGGGGGUCACCAUCAAGCAGGAGCCCCCCGACCCGCAGGAGCUGCAGGAGGAGGCACUGCAGCAGCACCGGGAGAGGGAGCGGGAGCGGCAGGUGGAGCAGGAGCUGCUCUUCAGACAGGUAGAGGAUGGGCAGGCCCUGUUGUUGGAGCAGCAGCGGAUUCAUCAGCUGAGAAACUAUCAGGCCUCCAUGGAGGCUGCCGGCCUGUCAAUCUCCUUCCCAGGACACCGCCCGCUGUCCAGGGCGCAGUCUUCUCCAGCUUCGGCGUCCUCCUUCCCAAUCAGCGUCCCAGCCCCCGAUCCUCCCGUCAAAACUCGCUUCACCACAGGCCUGGUGUACGACUCCCUAAUGCAGAAACACCAGUGUAUGUGUGGAAACACCAACAGCCACCCGGAGCAUGCAGGCCGGAUUCAGAGCAUUUGGUCUCGGCUGCAGGAGACCGGACUCAGAGCGCAGUGUGAGUGUAUCCGUGGGAGGAAGGCCACUCUGGAAGAGCUGCAGACAGUUCACUCUGAAGCCCACGUCCUGCUGUACGGAACCAACCCACUCCGACAGAAACUUGAUUGUUCAAUCACCCCCAUGUUCGUGCGACUACCUUGUGGAGGGGUGGGGGUGGACAGCGAUACAAUUUGGAAUGAGGUCCACUCCUCCAGUGCGGCUCGUCUUGCUGUUGGCUCUGUGGUGGAGCUUGUUUUCAAAGUGGCUACUGGAGAGCUGAAGAAUGGUUUCGCUGUGGUCCGCCCUCCUGGACACCACGCAGAGGAAAGCACUCCCAUGGGUUUCUGCUACUUCAACUCUGUGGCCAUCGCAGCCAAACUGCUGCAGCAGAGACUCAACGUUAACAAGAUCCUCAUCGUGGACUGGGACGUUCACCAUGGCAACGGCACGCAGCAGGCAUUCUACGAUGACCCCAACGUCCUUUACCUGUCUAUUCAUCGGUAUGACGACGGCAACUUCUUCCCUGGAAGCGGCGCACCUGACGAGGUGGGCAGUGGGCCCGGCGUCGGCUUCAACGUCAACGUUGCCUUCACGGGAGGCCUUGAUCCACCCAUGGGAGAUGUGGAGUACCUGGCUGCCUUCAGGUCAGUGGUGAUGCCCAUAGCCAAUGAGUUCGCUCCAGACAUCGUGCUGGUCUCCUCUGGCUUCGACGCUGUGGAGGGACACCCUCCACCACUGGGCGGCUACACUUUGACGUCCAAAUGUUUUGGCUACCUGACCAGGCAGCUGAUGACGCUCGCUGGAGGCCGGGUGGUCCUAGCUCUAGAGGGAGGUCACGACCUCACCGCAAUCUGCGAUGCCUCUGAGGCCUGCGUGGCUGCCCUGCUAGGCCAGGAGCUGGACCCACUGCCGAAGGCUGUACUUGAGCAGAGGCCCAACCCCAACGCUGUUCGCUCUCUGGAAAAAGUUUUAGAGACUCACAGUAAAUACUGGCGCUCGGUGCACCGCUACUCACCGCGGCUAGGACUUUCCCUGCUGGAGGCCAAGCGAGGCGACUCGGAGGAGGCUGAGGCCGUGAGCGCCAUGGCCUCUCUCUCUGUGGCCAACACCAACGCCAUGGAUCAAAGCAGGCCAGAGGAGGAGCCCAUGGAAGAGGAGGAACCACUGUAAUGGAGGGAAACAUGAGGGUGUCGCACUGUUACCAUUGACCUCUCCAGAGAACGCCUCUUUGAGCUGCGAAGAGUCUGGACUGAUCCCUUCAUUUAGUCCCCCUAACCCCACUCACCACGUCAGUCACCUUGAUUGGCGGCCCCUCGGCAAAACGAGGGAGAGGGGGUGGGCUCAGCCUCAAGAGUAGGGAGCCAAUCAGGAGACAGAGGA